AUGGGCAAGGAAAUCCUCGAUGCAUCGGUCUCACACGCCGAGAGCUACGAUGUCGAAGCCCGAGUUCCCAGCAAAGGCGUCAACGAUACCACUGAUCAAGCCCGUCUUGGCGCCGAAGCCGAACACAACCUCCCUCCUCUCCAAGCCGUCCGAAAAUACCCAUGGACCGUCUUUUGGUGUCUUGUCGUAUCCAUGUGUGUUGUAAUGGAAGGCUACGAUACCAAUCUGCUUUCCAACUUCUACGCCUACCCGGCUUUCGCUGAAAAGUACGGUCACUGGAAUGAAGAGACAAACAACUACCAGCUUUCUGCUCCCUGGCAGGCUGGACUUGGCAAUGGUGCUGGUGUUGGUGCCUUCUUUGGUACACUGCUCAAUGGAUUGCUUGUCGCCAAGUUUGGUCACAUCAGGGUCCUCAUUGGUUCAUUGAUUGCCCUUACCGCCUUCAUCUUCAUCACCUUCUUUGCGCCCAACACCACGGUACUUCUCGUGGGCCAACUCCUCUGUGGUCUGCCCUGGGGUGUCUUCGCUACUACCGCCCCUGCCUAUGCCUCAGAGGUUCUGCCCAUGUCUCUUCGCGUCUACAUGACAAGUUGGACCAACAUGUGCUUCAUCAUCGGCCAGCUCAUCUCAGCUGGAGUCAUGGCUGGUCUUGUCAACACACCAGCACCCUGGGCAUACAGGAUCCCCUUUGCUCUUCAGUGGUUCUGGCCUGUUAUCCUGAUCCCAACGCUCUGCUUCGCUCCCGACACACCCUGGCAUCUUGUCCGAAUGGGAGACCACGAAGGUGCCCUCAAGAACCUGCGACGCCUCCGACCCAGUGCCACCGACGACGAACUCCGCGACGCUCUUGGCCUCAUUGUCUACACCAACAACCUCGAAGAGAAGCUCUCAGUUGGUACUUCAUACUGGGAUUGCUUCAAGGGCUUCGAGCUCCGACGAACCGAAAUCGCGAUUGUUUGUUUCGCUGGUCAGAUCCUGUCUGGUCUGUACUUUGCAUACAACUCUACAUACUUUUUCCAGCAAGUUGGACUUGGCUCAACCACAACCUACUAUCUCAACGUUGGCGGUAACGGAAUGGCUCUGUUCGCUACAAUCCUGUCCUGGAUCUGUGUCAUGCCAUAUGUUGGUCGACGAACAGCCUACCUCUAUGGUAUGUUCACCAUGGGCAUCAUUCUCUUCAUCAUUGGAAUCCUCAACACUCGAACCGAGAACGACAAGAUCGGCAUGGCUCAAGCUGUCCUGACCCUCAUCUGGACAUUCGUCUUCCAGCUCUCCGCCGGUCAGCUUGGUUGGGCUCUCCCAGCUGAGAUUGGUUCCACACGACUUCGUCAGAAGACCAUUUGCCUGGCCCGCAACGGUUACGCUAUCAUGGCUGUCAUCGCCGGUGUCCUCCAGCCGUACUUCAUGAACCCUACCGAGUGGAACCUCAAGGGCUACACCGGCUUUGUCUGGGGAAGCACUGCAUUCCUUGUCUUCGUUUGGGGUUACUUCCGCCUUCCCGAGACCCGCAACCGAACCUUUGAGGAGCUCGAUGUUAUGUUUGCCAAGGGUGUUUCUGCUCGCAAGUUUAGCUCUUACCAGAUUGAUUCGUUCCACGAGGCGCAGGAUGCUGUGGAGAAGACUGAACUAAAGGCUUAG